AUGAGCAACUCCAAUGAAGAGGUCUUACCUGCUUGGGGUUCAUUGCCGGUCGAAAAAUACUUGCUGGCCAGAUGGGACUCUACAUCAACACUCUCCGUCACACAGCAACGAGAUCAACUUGUGCAGGCAUUUCUCAAGGAAGAUGACGUCUCACCGUUUACAUCCACCUUAUCUGGCGCAUCGCUUUCGACAGAUAUGCAGAACCUGAUCAACACUGUCCUUGUUCCAUGGCGGCCCCAGAAGCUGCGUCGCAUAGCUGAGAAAUACGCAUGCGACAUGGUAUUCGACAGCAUAGUUGUUCUACGGACCUACUACGGAGGUAUUAGUGAUGAUGCCAAGAUGAGUCGUUGGUUCUAUGAUGCAGCCGAGUCCUUCGAAGACUCUAACCCAGGGCAGGAUUUGUUUGGCGGCCUCGAAGACCGCUGGUGGCACGUUCUCGACGAUGCAUCGCUCUUCGAAACGGGUUCUGAGAAGUGGCAGAGCGUGUAUAACGUAUUGCCAGAACUGGCUACGCCUGCACUGCAGCGUCACUUCAACCAGUAUGUUGUCGAUUCCGUGAAGGAAGAGAUAUCAGAAAUUUUGGAAACUCGAGAGUCAGAUGAGGAUGAUUAUGAAGAUGCUGUAGCCGCAGCAGCUAUUCAAGGUUGCUGGCUACUUAUUCUCGACGAGGAGGCUUCCAAAGACGAAGAGAUGCUUCUUGUCUUCCGUGAUAUGAAGGGCGAUGUUGUGAGACAGAUAACUAUUAAGCCAGACGAAGUGGAAAAUCUUCCUCAUUACAGAUUGCGUGGGUCAAUAAGGGAAUCAGGCUAUUGGACAGACGCUGUAGUAGGUAAGAAGUACAAGUCACGCGGCGAGGUAAUGCGCACAGUUCUACCACUUGUCAAGGCCGAGCUCGAGUGA